GCUGAGAACUCUAAACGUGACGCGUGACGUCACUCUGCCUGCGACGGAAGCGAUGCCUCUAGUACACACUCCGCUGUCAUGGUGAGGGUAUUGUGUGAGUUCUGCCGGGUGUCCUGUACCUCACCCAGGUCGUUGUGCGGCCAUGUGGCCGGCCACAAGCACAGGGCGGUCAUGUCGCUGGUGUCACCGGAAAAGCAGGAGCAAUAUGAACGUGUGCAGUACUUUGUGGACACUUAUUUAAAGGCUUAUCCCGUCCUGGGUCUGGACUAUGUGAUGGAGGAGCAGGUGGGAUCCUCUUACCACUACACCUGCACGCUGUGUAACAAAUCGUAUGGGUGGCAGGAGAUGGUGGGUCAUGUCACAGACCUGGACCACAUGGAUCUCUAUGUCAGGAGGCAUCACAGUGAGAUGAAAACCACAUCCACCGACCUCACAAAGGAGGAGGAGAACGCCCUGCUGAUGAAAGUAGCCCAAACCAUCUGCACCGAGUUUGGCCAAAGAAAAAUCUCAAAUGGCGGUAACCUAGAUGUAGUAGCUGUCCCAUCCCCCAUAGAAGGCAUUAAGAAUAAUCACCCUCUGCCUUCCACAGGUAAUGAUUUACAGGAGAAGGGGUCGGAUCUAAAGAUGGUAACACAGGGAGAGAAAUGCACACAGGACAGCAAGAUAGCUAAGUUUCCAAAGUAUACCUGUACCCACUGCUACAUAACCUGUUCCUCAGCUGUGACGAUGUGUCACCACAUCACCGGCAGCAAGCAUAAAAAAAAACUGCUCUCGCCCCAGGAGCACGAUGAUGCAAACCGCUUGAGCUACUUCCUAAAUGCCCACAUGAAGGAAGACCCCGUUGUGGGCCUGGAAUAUGUCAUGGAGGUAAAGCAGGGCUCAUUGUACAAAUUCUCUUGCCAGCUGUGUGGCGUGGUGGAUGUCGACUUGAUGAAAAUAGUCAGCCAUAUCAUGGAUUCAAACCACAUUGAACGUUAUGCUUGUAAACACUAUAGUCACAUGUUUUCCCCUCUUGUUCCCGGCCUCUUUAAGACUGCUCGUCUGAAAGCUGUGAGAGAUAUUUCUGUAAGGAUUGUAAAACUGCAGGGGCGCAAAGAAAUUCAAGUAAAAAAUACCACUGUCGGUGGCCUGACUGAGUCUUUGUUCUCAGGGGGUGACAGUAAAACAAGGAAAGCAGCGGAGGACACAUUACCAACCACAUCUGAGGGUGACCAUAAAACAAAGACAGCCUUUGAGGACACGUUACCAUCCAAACGCGAGGGUGACAGUAAAACAAGGAAAGCCUUCGAGGACACUCUACCAUCCAAACGUGAGGGUGAUCGUAAAACAAGGAAAGUCUUCGAGGACACUCUACCAUCCAAACGUGAGGGUGACCGUAAAACAAGGAAAGUCUUCGAGGACACUCUACCAUCCAAACGUGAGGGUGACCGUAAAACAAGGAAAGUCUUCGAGGACACUCUACCAUCCAAACGUGAGGGUGAUCAUAAAACAAGGAAAGCCUUCGAGGAUACACUACCAUCUAAACACGAAAGUAGAUGUUCUCACUCAAAAUGGAGACCAUUAUCAUAUCGGGAGAAAGGUUUGGAUGAGAGCCAUGAAAGCCACCGCUACAGUAAGAGGCCCAAAGUAUCUAAAAGUGAUGACCCACCUUUGGCCAAGAGGAGCAGGCUUUCCCCUGAGGGUGACUGGGAUGCCUUGCCUUCAAGACCGCACAUUUCAAAGCAUAGGAGCUCACACUAUGAGAGCCAGGCCAUUAGAAUGGAUUGUACAACAGCCGUGCAGGAAUUGGAGUUCAGAACAAAUGAAGAAUUUUUUAAUUAUGUAUCUAAUUUUGUGAUCUCUAAUGAUGAAGAUGCUGUCUUUAUCCGGACGAUUACCCAGAACUGCAUUAGGGCUAUGACAAACUUUAAGGUAGAAGAGGCAGAGAGGCAGAAGACCACUUAUCACUCAGAGACUCCAUUGGCGCACACAAGCAGGACUGCCCAAGAGAUCCCAGAUAUUUUAGAAAAUAAAAUGGAGUCACAUUCAUGGGGUUCUAAAACUACUUUGCUCAAAGACACCUCAAAUCCCCCCUCAGAAUCCAUGCCUAAAAACGAGGUAACCGACUUCUUUUUCAGCAGCAUUAAAAACAUGGAUGAGUCUGAUGUGGUCGGCGUUUUCCAGAAAAUUGCUACCACAAAUCCUGAAUUUCAAGGAAUGGACAUACCUACUGUUAUAAGAUUCUUGAAGGAUUCUGGCAGAUUAAACAAGCCUUGAUGCUGUGAAAAUACAUUGUGUUCUUUACUGCUGUUUUGUUUGUUUCUUGAAGAGGUUCCAGACAGAAUAACUUGGAUAAAAUAUUAUUUGGCAGGUU